AUGGUGCUAAGUUGUUGUGUAUGUCGAAGUAAUGCUAAAAUUGAUCGGAAUUUGUCAUUUCAUUUGUUUCUUAAAGACAAAAAAAAGAAGGCUAAAUGGAUGGAAUUAUUAUGUUUGAAAGAAGUUAAGAUAUGGCAUAGGGUAUGUUCGUUACAUUUUAACAAAAAUAUCUACAGGGUAUGUGAUGACGAGUCACCAUAUAACUGUUUGUUGUCUGAGGCAGUACCACAAAAGUACAAUAUUGUUUCAGUUGGAUUUGCAGAGCUACAAGAUUCAAAUGAUGAGACUUCUACGUUAUCGGUAUCUUACACUGAAUGUACUGUAUCUUCAGCUGAAACACCUAAGUAUAAAAGGUAA